AUGUCCAACACGCCCCCAUCAAGUUCAACUGCUGCUUCGGCAGCUUCAACUACAUCUAUGUCGCUGGCUGUCGCUACAGUUGCUACCACGACCCCUGUUUCUAUGAUGGCGCCUACGUCGACUGCAACUAGCGUUCCUGCUGCUACUGCAGCUCAUGGCGUUGGAGGCUUUCCUGGACUCGCCGUUGGUACUGGUCAUGGAGUUAGUGGUGCGGGUCCUGGUGCUGGACUUGGAGCUGCGGGCGUGACUGGAGCUGGCGUUCCUGGUUUUGGAGCUUGGCCCGGCGCUCCUGGUGUUGGAGCUCGGCCCGGCUCUCCUGGUGCUGAUAUCUGGACUGGAGUUCCUGUUGCUGGUAGUGCUGGUGGUACAAGUGCAGGAGCUGCGGCUACUGACUCUCAGCUGUUGUGUCCGGUGGAGCAUAUACCGAUGGCAUUGCUGGUGCUCUCGGAGCUCGUGGAGUUGGCUACAUUACUGGUGGAUUCAAUUUCGGUGGAUUUCCACCCAGCCAAGAUGGUUAUGGGUUUCCUCGCGCGUCAUUUGGUGGAGCAACUGGUGUGCCCGUGA